AUGGUGGGCAAGGAAUUCAUUGACCUCUUCAGGAGCUUCCAAGCCAAUACCAACCUCUCCGUCGAUGACUUUGCCGACCGGCUAAAUCUAUUUACUGUCAUUUUAUUACUCCUUUGCACCCUACUUAUUUCGAUGAAACAGUAUGUCUUCAACUCUAUUUCUUGCUACAUUCCAGUACAGCCGUCUGGCAGCGAAUUUAAAAAUUACCUUGCUGACUAUUGCUGGGUGCAUGGAACAAUCCCACUGCGGCCUGAUGAGCGAAUGCCUUCCACGCCAGAGGAAUGGAACCUCUAUGAUAAGUACCGCAGAAUCACCUACUACCAGUGGGUGCCAUUUGUGUUGGGUCUCCAAUGCAUAAUCUUCUACCUCCCACAUCUUCUUUGGGAGAUGAUAUGCAACUCCCGAGCCAGUGGUGACGUCUUCACAUUGAUUCAGGCCGCCAGGAAGGCUGCAUCCGGUAGUCGCAGUGAUCGGAAGAGGGAAGUCCAUCGAGUAGCUGAAUUCCUCGAGGACAUGAUUGAUACCCAUCAGUGUUCACGACGGGGUCGCAAGGCCAAGUUGGUAGACAAGAUGUACGACAGCUGUGGGCUCUGUGUAGUAAGUAAGCGCAUGGGAACCUGCCUCGUGUGGUCGUACAUCACUCUCAAGGUGGUCAUCAUAUUGAAUGCGGCCCUGCAAUUACAUCUCAUUCAAGUAUUCCUCGGUUUCACUGGACACUACAUUAAGCCAGUACCCGUUGACUCACUAACUCAGGGGAAAACACGAUAUCUAUCUGAAAAAAGUGAGCAUGGAUACUCAUUUGGUUGGGCCAUAGCAAGUUACAUACGCUCAGGUCAGGAAUGGCCGGAGACUCUGCUGUUCCCCCGCGUGGCCUACUGUCGCGUGCCUAGCAUCCGAUUAGUGGGCGGCGAGAACGCCUACACUGCACAAUGCACCCUUCCCAUCAAUAUGCUCAACGAGAAGAUCUAUAUCUUCCUCUGGUUCUGGGUCCUUUUCCUCCUGAUAACCAGCCUCCUUAGCCUACUUCUCUGGAUCAUUCGCGCCACCAGUCCCUUCCGUAGAUACCGGUAUAUCGCCAGAUUUUUGAGAGUUUGCAAGGUGGAUGAGGAGGCAAAGCGACCCACUGAACCGAGAAGCAGGAAAACCCAACUGCAAAAUUUUGUUGACGAUUACCUCCGGCAAGACGGAGUCUUCCUGGUCAGAAUGUUGGCGAUCAACGCAGGCGAAGUACUAGCUGCAGACGUCGUGGGACUGAUCUGGCAAGACUACCGAGACAAGAGGGCGGAAGAUAUAACCUCGCCUGCCACCAAUCCCACCUCUUUUGAAAUGAAGCUAGCCCCCCGCGAGAAGAUUCAGAAGAUUGAAGUUGGAUUCGUGUAA